ACCAAACAGUCCUAAAGUGAAGAAGAAGAAUUUUCAUCGGUCCAAAACUUCAGUGUAAAUUUUGCAAAAAUGCGUGAUAAUUUAAACCUCUUCACUUUGCAGGAGAGAAUAUUCCUUGUUAAAACUUUCUAUAAGAAUGAUUGCAAUGUUAAAAAUGUGAAAAGUCACUAUUUGUUGGAAUACGGAGAAUUAUUUGAUGAUGUACCUACCGACUCCAUUAUAUUUGAGGUUAUAAAUUUAUUUGAAGAAACAGGGAAUAUCAGGGAAAUACCUGAGGACAUUCCUGCAAGUUCUUUUAAGGUUGAAGAGCAGGAUGGUACUGAACUGUUUGUUGGCAAUUUAUGGACAGACAUUAAAAUAGAAACUACAGAUAUAAAAACUGAAAAUCUCGAUUCUGAUCUACAAUCACCUCAAGAAGUUUACAUUGAAUCUUAUGAUGUACAGGAGCAAAAUUAUUUGGCUCAAAGUGACAAAGCUCUUGAAGAAAGUACAAGUUCAGACGAAGAAUUAUCCCACUCAGAGGAAUCAGAUCAAACUAUUCCACAAGAUACUAAAAAGCAAUUAAAGAAAUCCCCUACUUCAAUAAACCCCCAAGCAUUGAAACCCAAAAGAAUAAGGAAGAGAAUUCCUAAGAAAGAUGGUGGGGACUAUACUUGUGAUAUUUGUCAGAAGAAAUUCAAAUCAAAAGCUGGAAUGCUAUCACAUAUUGUUCGGCAUUCAAAUAAGGAAGAAUUGAAAAAGGUUAAAUGCAAAUAUUGCCAAGAAUAUAUCCUAAAGUCAGAAAUAAAAAGCCACAUUGAGCAAAACCAUGAGGAUGAUAUUAAAAGGGAAAAGGAAGCAAAUCGCCAAACAUGUCCCAUCUGCUCCAAGUCUCUAUCGGACAAAAGUACCCUCAGAAAGCAUUUGAAAUCACAUUCAGAAGAAAAGAACAUCGUCUGUGAGAUUUGUGGUAAAGCAUUUAAGCAUCGACAUACCCUCACCAUGCAUAUGAGGCUACAUACAGGUGAAUGUCCCUACAAAUGUGAGGUUCCCAAUUGCAAUAAAGCCUUCCGGAGUGCCAAUUCAUAUGCAUUCCACAAAAGAUGUCAUACAGAUGAAAAACCUUUCCCUUGCCACUAUUGUGGGAAAUUCUUCAGAGACACAGGGACCAGAAGGGUGCACUACCGUCAACACACCGGCGAACAUCCCUACAAAUGCGAACUCUGCGGAAAGGAGACAAAACAGAAACAAAAUCUCAAGAGUCACAUGAUACAUUUUCAUAAAAUGCACCAAAAUGUUGAAUAACAUUGAAAUAAAUCUAGGAGUCCUAGCACUCUGCGAAUUUA